GAACAAUCUCGAGAGAUAGGGAAGCGCACACGCGUAGUCUGUCUGUUAUUGCGGUAAUGAUACGGAGUUGAUGAGAGGUGACUAUGGAGGAGACAACGUACGAACUGUCUAAAACUGGAGGUUCCAGAACCAAUUUGUACAUAGCAGUGUUCAUAGCAAAUCUAGGAGUAUUCUCGACGGGUUUCACUCUGGGCUGGAGUUCCCCCUCUGUAGUACUGCUGGAGGCUCCAGACUCCAGGUUUCCUGUGACAGAACGACAAGGGGCGUGGCUCGCCUCUCUGGCACCACUCGGUACUGCCAUCGGUCCUUUCCUCUCGGGGUGGCUCCUAGACUUUGUGGGCCGCAGGCGGACCCUUAUGGUGUACCAGCUGAUUCUGCUGGCAGGCUGGGGGUUGAUGUGUGUCUGGUCCAUCUGGUUGAUGUAUGUGGGCAGACUGCUCACUGGCAUUGCCUUGGGAGGGGCAAUGGCGGCGACUCCUGUCUAUGUUGCUGAAAUAGCCACGAAUUCCGAUCGAGCAUCAGUUUCAUCAGCAUUUUCAUUGUUUAUGAGGAUUCCGCUCCUGGUGACGUUCUCCAUAGGACCGCACAUCUCGUACCACGCGCUGAUCCUGAUGUCCUGUGUUCCCAUCAUCGGGUUUCUGCUCCUGUACCCGAAAAUGCCAGAGUCACCCCACUAUUCCCUCCUGAAAAAAGAGGAAAAAGAAUCGAUUAAAACUCUGAUGUGGCUGCGACAAAUGCCAGAAGCUGCUGUACUGGAAGAGGUCAAAGCGAUCAAGGCUCUCGCCAAAGAAGAAAGAGGCCAGUGGAAAGACCUAUUGACGAGGAAAGGAAACUUGAAGGCGGUCUUGAUACUGUUCAGCCUCCAUACAUUCUACCAGUUAUCGGGAGGCUCUGUUGUUAUUAUGUGCGCCCAGACAAUCUUCAACAAGACCGGAAUAUCGAUUCGUAGCGACCUGUGUGCCGUGUUGAUCGCCGCAGUUAUGCUGACCGGUACCGUCGUGUCUCCUCCAAUAGUCAGCAUCUGGGGAUACAAGAAACCACUCUUCGGAUCCGUGUUCGGGUCCGCUGUAAGCAUGGGAUGUUUUGCUUAUUUCAACCAACAAUGUGAAAAUGGGAUAGGGACGGAAUUCAUACAGUGGGCCGUAGUUAUAUCUCUUGCUGCCUACAUCAUUACCAACGCUGCUGGUCACAGCCCCAUACCCUGGGCUCUGACAGGGGAGUUUUUUCCGUCCAGUGUCAAAGCCAAAGGAGCCACUCUGUCUACCGUCAUAUUCUGUGGCGAAUCUUUCAUCCUCAUAAACUUGUUCCCUCAGAUCACAGCCUUCUUCGGACUGCCUAAUACUUGUUGUCCUGCAGAAUGUAUGUCAGGGAAAGGACGUUGCAGCUUCUCACUUCCGCUUCUGCAAUUCCUAACAAUCUUGCGGUCAGCAGUUUCCGGCGGAACAAAAUGGCCGACUCGAUCGCUGUCAUACACCAGGGGUUUAUCAACGUGGUGCCUGUCGUGGGGGAGGAACUCAGCGCUAAAUACAUCCCCUGCACGGACAAGGCGCAGACUCAGAGUGCAGUUGUUACUCAGGUACAUGGCAAUAUUCUACAUAGCAAUAGUGAAUGCUGUGGUGUUUAUAAACCAGGGGUUUAUCAACGUGGUGCCAGUCGUGGGGGAGGAACUCAGCGCUAAAUACAUCCCCUGCACGGACAAGGCGCAGGCUCAGAGUGCAGUUGUUACUCAGGUACAUGGCAAUAUUCUACAUAGCAAUAGUGAAUGCUGUGGUGUUUAUAAACCAGGGGUUUAUCAACGUGGUGCCAGUCGUGGGGGAGGAACUCAGCGCUAAAUACAUCUUCUUGCA